AUGCUUGAUGAAUUAGUACGAGAUCAUCUUAGUCGAAUACAAACGGAAUUAGAUAAAUAUCGAAAAUUUCCACUACAAACUACUGAUAAUAAAUUGGAAAUGCAUUUAGAAUUAAGCAAUGCAAGAUAUCGUAAUGCUUAUGAAAAUAUUAAGGCAUUAAAAAAAUAUACAGAAUCAUCUAACCAAUCAAUACAAACAACAAAUGAAGUAGAUCGAAAAAAUGAUUUAGAAAGUUUCAUGAAAAUCAUGUUGAUUCAACAAUUUCAACAACAAAAUGCACUAUAUCAAACAGCAUUGUUAAAUACACUAACUAAAGAAGAACGUGCACAAUAUGUAACAAAUUAUCUUCCAUAUGGAAACAUGACAAGUUCAGAUAUUGAGCGUGAAAAAAAAUUAUUAGCUUUAGAGAGUGGAAAUGCUGGAAAACGUAACAGAUCAUUAAAAAAUUCUUAUAAAUUCGAAAAUAAUGAAAAUACAAGUAAAUUACGCAUUUUUGGUUAUAUUCAUUUAUUUGCAAUGAUUAUAAAGCAAGCAAUGAUUCAGCCACCUUUUAGAUUAUCAAAUGAAGCGAAUUUUGAAUUGAUGCUACGUUAUUCAGUGGAUUAUUUAGUUGAUAAUUUAAAAGAUAUAAACAGUGAUCUUGGAAAGAAAUUAUCUUCAAUGAAUAUGAAAACAGCUUAUCAAUUUUAUUUACUAAUAGACACAAAUAAAUCCGAUAAUAAACAACAGAAAACAAUUAAACUUGAAUUACAAGAUAUGCUUGAUAGUGUAUUGAUUGAAAUAACUGAAAAAUUGUUGGAUAAGCCGUUAUUUGCAGUGAAUAAAAAUUCAACAAUUUACAAAAUGUUGAAAAAAGAUAAAAUUUAUCCGAAAAAUUAUUUUAUCACAAUAGAAAAAUUAUUUCUAGGGUUUGAAUUAGGUUCAUCUAGUGGAUCGAUGACAACGAAUAGAAUAUCAAUCAAUAAUAAAUUACUUGGAUCAAUUUGUACUUAUAUUUAUCGAAAAACUUUGGCUGAUAUUAUCAACGAACGGACUCGAACUACAGAUUUGCCAGUACCAGUUGAAUUACAAAAUCUAAUUUUUAAUGAUACUGAAAUGAAAGAAAUUUAUGGACUGCUUGGAAGAAAAUAUUUAACAAAUUCUGUUGCAAAAUGUAAACGUUGGCUUCAGGAUUAUGGUAAAGCAAUAAUGGAUUUGUAG